AUGGCCUCGCAGCAUUCCCCGUCCACGGAGCCCUCGAAUCGAAUUCUAGAGUCAUUCCCAGACGAAGAGACUCCUUUGAUCCCUUCUGCCCGAAACUCUUCCCUCGAACUCAAGAGUUCUUCACGUUCACCAUGGCUCACGGAAACUAUCGUGCUAGUCAAAGCAUCGGUGCCAGUCAUACUGGCAUACAUGCUGCAAAACAGCUUGCAAACAGUGUCCGUCCUCAUGGUUGGCCGUUUGUCGCCUGAAGCCCUCGCCACGGCCGCGUUUUCUUACAUGUUCGCCAUGGCAACGGCCUGGCUGAUCGCUCUUGGCGGAACGACUGCUCUCGAUACACUUGGCUCGAGUACCUUUACUAGUUCCAAGAAUAAGCACGAUCUGGGAAUAUUGUUGCAGAGAGGGUUGGUAGUCUUGACAGGCUUCUAUGGAGUUGUUGCUAUUAUAUGGUGCUUCUCUGGAUACAUCUUUCGCUCUCUCGGACAAGAAGAGUUCAUCUGCACCCAGGGCCCAAGGUUUCUGCAGCUCUUGAUCCCUGGUGGUCUCGGGUAUGUCUGGUUUGAAGCAAUGAAGAAGUUUCUGCAAGCACAAGAGAUUUACCGGCCAGGAACGUACGCACUCCUCGUCAUAUCUCCCCUCAACGCUGUGCUCAACUGUUUCUUCAUCUAUACCCUUGACUUCGGCCUUGAUGGAGCGCCCAUCGCUACCGGCAUAUCAUAUUGGCUAUGCUUCUUGGUACUUGUCGGAUACACAGCAUUUAUCAAGGGUUCAGAAUGCUGGGGAGGGUUCGACCUUGCACAAGCCCUGCAGCAUCUUGGACCCUUUGCAAAGCUUGCGUUCCUGGGCGUGAUCCACGUUGGGACGGAGUGGUGGGCCUUUGAGAUCGUGGCUCUUGCUGCCGGACGUCUUGGGACGAUUCCUCUCGCUGCACAGUCCGUUGUCAUGACUCUAGAUCAGAUCAUCAACACCAUUCCUUUCGGACUUGGUGUUGCGGCAUCCUCUCGUUUGGGAAAUCUCUUAGGUCUUGGUGACGCUGUUCAGGCACGAAGAUGCGCGCAUUCAGCGGCGCUUCUCUCAAUCAUUUUUGGGACAAUUAUCUUGACAGUCCUUCUAUCGACCAAGAAUGUCAUCGCCAAGAUAUUUAACGAUGAUGAAGAGGUGGUAACACUGGUCGCGCACAUUAUGCCUUAUGUAGCGCUAUUCCAGAUUGCCGAUGGUCUGAACGGAAGCUGUGGAGGAGCCUUACGAGGUAUGGGGCGGCAAUGGGUUGGAGCCGUAGUCAAUUGUAUUAGCUACUACGGAGGUGCGCUCCCAGCAGGUAUCUGGCUUGCGUUUCAUGGUUGGGGGCUAUCUGGACUUUGGGUUGGACAGUGUGUGGCUUUGUUUCUCGUCGGUGCUUUAGAAUGGGUCAUUAUUGCCUUGUGUGAUUGGAAGAAAGAAGUCAAGCGAGCGUCUGACAGGAUUAGGGUUGAUGAUUUGGAUAGGAGUCUGUAA